AUACUUUUUUAUUUGUAAGUUUCCUUGCAGGUUGCAGAAAAGCAAAACAUCCAAAAAGGGACGAGCAUGACUUCUGGCCGUGGGAGUGCUUGGACAUUGACUAGAAGCGAUUAUGGGAAGGAUGUGCAGAUGACAAGGUUAAGGAGAUUGAUAGAGCACAAUGUAUAGAAACACACCGUAUAUUGAUGAAACACGAACCUCUUACUCGAACUCUAUUACAAGGGAGAUUAGAGAUACUCGCUGUAUCAGUUCAUGCUGAAGGUGACACAAGCAUGGAUCAUUACGAUGAGCAUGAUGAUAUGGCAUUGCAGACGAACAAGCCCUUGUUGCCUAUUGAUCCCGUCGUUGAACUUAGCAAGAAAAUGCAGAAGCAAGAGAUGGGUACAAAGAAAGAAGAAGGAACCAAGUGCAGCACUUGCCACACGUUCGUUGGGGAAGCUAAGCAAUACAGAGAGCAUUGUAAGAGUGAUUGGCACAAACACAACUUGAAGCGUAAGACUCGUAAACUGCCUCCUCUUACUGCUGCUGAAGAAUGCAUGGGUGAGAUUGAUAUGGACGACUCCAAAGCAGAUUUGAAAGACUACUCUUUCUGAAAUUUACUGAUUUUAAAUUUAGUGUCUUCUUUGUUGAUGUUAAAUGCAAUAUCUUGUAGUCGUAUCAAUGUUUUUGCCGGAAGAACAAGAAGCAGCUUUGAAACAACUAAGAAAGAAUCUCAAGUUCAAGGCUAAA